CUACCGAGACCGACCCCGGUCAGCGCUUCAUCAUCAUCAUGAUCUCGUCGGUCGGUCGGUCGGUUGUCGUUUAGCCCAGCGCGCGCUGUUGGUCGGUGAGGCUAUGCUGAGAUUUUUUCUUUUCUCGCGGCUCAGUUCCGACGGUGCAUCGAUAGUGGGAAGUGCUCUCUCCCCGGGAAAUCUCGUAUCGCGCACGACGGUCUGGUUUUGAUUCCGUGUGCCAGGGAAUCCGCGUUCGUUCCGUACGGUCUGAGGAAGCUGUGGUGUGAGGGAAAACAGUAAAGGAAGUUGGAAGCAAACGAAAAAAAAAGGAUAAUUUGGCUCGCGACCGACGUGUGUUUUCGAGGAAGGAUCGCCCCGUUACGGUGGUUGAAUCUGUGGGAGUUGUUUUUUGUUCUGGGUUUGUAACCCGUGCCCGAUUCCGCGCGGAGUGGUCAGUUGGUUUUUGGGGUUGAGUGUGGCCGGUAGCAGCUUUGGGGCGAAACAAAAAGUGAAUCUUUGGGACAGAUUUUAAGGAAAAGGGCCCAAGUGUCGGCGAAGCGUGAAAGGUGAUUAAGGGGUGCCAAGUGAUUAUGUGCUGUGCUCUUUUCUCCCGAACGCGCCUAGUGGACUUAAUUUGAUUCAUAAAAGAAAGAUUUCGACUGUGUCCCGUUCGGCGGCCGCUGUGGGAGUUGAGGCAGAUUGGGAUCUGAGAAGGCACGGCAUCCGCAGCAGAAGCAGCACCGGAGUGAAUGAAGAGGCUGCACUGGGUGUGGAACCGACGAUUUAUGUAUUUAUAGCAGUUGUAUUUUUGGAUGUUUGACAAACCUGAAAACGAGAGUCGCAGCAGCAUGUUGCGCCAGCUCUAAAAGAAAGUGAAGUGCAGAGUGCCAUAAAGAAUCAUAAAACCCUAAGCGAAGAAAGCCCCAUCCCGGAGAAGAGUUUAACAAACAUCGUUACCCUCGUGCACCAUAAAACAUGUUCUUGGGAAAGUGAAUCGAUCUGAUUUCUGAGAAGAAGCCCCAAUAAAGAAGAUCAACAAUGCAGUCACAACUAAUUAUCUUGAUUUUGAGCCUGCUUCUACUGGAAGCCCUGGCGCAUCGCUCCUAUUUAAGGAGUUUCCAGACGUCGAGUGCCAACGAUCCAUGUUACGAUGAGGAUCGUCCACGAAGAUGUAUGCCUGACUUUGUAAAUGCUGCCUUCGGAGUCCCCAUUGAAGCAUCCUCCAUUUGUGGAAAGGACAAACCUGCGCGCUACUGUGACUACAAGGAUCAAAACGCUCGAAACGAAUCAGGUUGUGACAUUUGUGACGAUUCGGACCCAAUCAAGCGCUUCUCGGCGCUUGCGCUCACGGACGUACACAAUUCCAACAACGUAACAUGUUGGCGUUCGGAGCCUCGUGUUGGCUCCGUUGAUCCAGGAUCUCCACCGGACAACGUGACCCUCACUUUAUCCCUAGGAAAGAAGUUUGAGCUCACCUACGUCAGUCUGAUGUUUUGUCCGUAUGCUAUUCGCCCUGACUCCAUGGCUAUUUUCAAGAGCGCUGACUACGGUAAAACCUGGCAACCGUUUCAGUUCUACAGUUCACAGUGCCGCAAGCUAUACGGACGUCCGACGCGUGCCACAAUAUCCAAAACCAACGAACAGGAGGCUCGAUGCGUUGAUCACAAUCGGUACAACGCCGAUGGCAUCCAAGGGUCACGCAUUGCAUUCAGCACUCUGGAAGGCCGACCUUCCGCUCAGGAUUUCGAUUCCUCCCCGGUUCUGCAGGAUUGGGUCACCGCAACCGAUAUUCGCGUAGUGUUCCAUCGGCUGCAACCGCCUACGACCACAACCAUCCUGAAAACCCAAUCCUCCGAACAGCUCAAAUACAAAAAAGCCGAAUACAUUUCAAAGGAGAUUUUCACACCACCCUCGGCCGGAGUAUCCACCUACGCCCUCUCGGAUUUUGCCGUCGGUGGACGGUGCAAGUGCAACGGACACGCUUUCAAGUGCAUCAAAGCGGUGGAUGGAAAGUUAGAGUGUGACUGCAAACAUAACACGGCAGGACGGGAUUGCGAGCGCUGCAAGCCGUUCUACUUUGACCGUCCGUGGGGACGCGGUACCGUGCGGGAGGCGAAUGAAUGUAAAGCCUGCAACUGCAACAACCAUGCUCGAAAGUGUCGCUUCGAUUUGGACCUCUACAAGCUGUCCGGGCGGGUGUCCGGAGGGGUAUGCAUCGGAUGCCGGCACGAUACAACCGGUCGGCACUGUCACUACUGCCGGGAAGGUUUCUACAAGGAUCCCAGCAAAGAGAUCUCGCACAAGAAGGCAUGCAUACCUUGUGAUUGCCACCCAAUUGGAUCGUCUGGGAAAAAUUGUAACCACACUUCCGGUCAGUGCACUUGCAAGGAAGGCGUGACGGGCCUAACGUGUAACCGAUGCGCCCGAGGUUACCAGCAAAGCCGAUCCCAUAUCGCACCGUGCAUCAAGAUUCCACGAGUGACGAUGGUCAACCACCAGGCACAGAACACCGCGCCGGAUUCCUACCAGUAUGAUCCAGAUGCGAGUGAAAGUACCAAAGAAAAUUGCGGCAAAUGUAGAUUUGACACGAAACGAUUGAAUCUGAAUAAAUACUGCAAGCGUGAUUAUGCAAUCAUGGCAAAGGUCACCGGUCGGACGACAUCCUCGAGUAAGCAUGUCCCCCGGGACGAGGUGCGCUUCAACCUGCAGGUGCAAACCGUGUUCAAAUCGACGAACCCCCUGCUGGCCGGCAGCAGUCAGCGAAAGUCAUCGGUUGGGUUGUUGGUUCCCUCCAAGAACCUCGACUGCCGGUGUCCGAGUAUCAAGAUCAACAAAUCAUACCUAAUACUGGGUAUGGAGUCAAAACAGAAUCCGGACAGCCUGGUGCUUGGCCCGAAAACGAUCAUCAUCGAGUGGAAGGACGACUGGACCCGACGAUUACGGCGGUUCCAGCAGCAGUCCGGUUCGUGCUAUUAGAAAGCAGAUGAACAGAGGUAGGAGAGCAGGCUCUACCGCGAUUUGUCAAGUCAAUUUGAGUCAUCCAGUGUGUUUGGGAAGUGUGAAUGUGUGUUUUUGAGCAUGUGUAUCCGGUCAGGUAUUGUUGGGAAUAAUUGCAGAUUAUGCGUAAGUGCAUACGACAUGGAGGCCAUCAACAGCUUGGUGGCACCGGAAAUUACAAAUACAACUUACUCACAAUGUAUUAACGUAGCAAGUAAGUGGAUUGUGGUAGAAGAUUGGCUCGAUGACCCCCUGAUUAAUAUUGAUCAUGGGGAGUACGAUGGUUUGUUCGGUAGUAGGAGAUGUGAAAAUAGUCUUACCAACAAUAGUAUUUUUGUCUCUGUCAGUGCCAUUGAAAACUAUUUAACAAGCAAAAGCGUAACAAAAAUGAGUAGUCGGUCAUUGUGUUGUCGUUGUAUAAGAAAGAGAAUUACACGCGGAGAAAUUAUAUGCAAUAAUAUGUACAAUAAAUGAGUUUAGGUAUGUACAAUUUAUUACGAUUAUUACGAACGAGUCUUAUUCAAAACUUCGUAUUUAACGGAAUUUUCCCAAACAUUGGCCAUUGGUCGUUUUCGAAAUAGCUGUAAUCUCAUCACUAUCAUAUUACACCUCUUGAAUGUAGCAUGAUUUACUAUUGUAAAUAAAGGAUAUUUCCUUCAGUUUAUCUGAUAAUAGCAUUCAUGUUCACAAUAUUUGCGUUGGGAAAUUUUCACAUCAAACGACAUUUUGAGAGGAAACUUAUGGAACCAUGAUUGAUGUUUACAUUGCUCCGAUGAUCCCCGAAUCCAACAAAUAAAUAAUUUAUCACGAAAACACUUAUACAAAAAGCAUGAAACGUAACAAUUAGAGUGUAAACAAAUUUGUUGUGUAUUGAAGCUUAAAUUAAACAAGAAUUUAUCACGAACAUAUUUAAUUGAAGGUAAUGUUUAACGAUGAAUUGUAUACAAUUUGUGAUCAUAAUCUUGUAAAUACAAUCAACUAAGCAAAAAUCUAUCAUCUAAUCUAAAAUCAAAAAAGCUCCAUAUGUAGGCAACAUGUAGCACAAACAUUGCAGUCGACGUUUAUAAUUUCCAUUUAUUACAUGUAAUUUAAUUAAGUGUUGUUUUAUUUUUUUAACUAUCGGCAUCUUCCAAGCGAAAGUAGUCAUUUAUUCAAAAUCCAUGUUCAAAGUAAUUGCUAUGCUUAUCGACAGGAUACAAACCCGAAUAGCUGAUCAACGUUUGUAAACAUCCGAAUAAUUCUCAGUGUUUUGGGCGCUUCAAGAAAAACAAAAAGUGAAAAGAUAAUAUCUACUCAAUUGAUUAACGCUAACACGCAAAUCAAAUAAUGUGUAACCCGUACAAGUGACCCAACAGCGGCUAGAGGAAGGUGAAACGUAAAAUAAAUGAAAUAAAUUCAUUAAAUUAUUUUAUAUUAAACUGAA